AGUCACCUGACUCAAACAACUCAUGUUCUCUUAUGUGCUAGCCGUAAAUAUUGGAGUUUAUAUUAAAAAUUAACGAACUAAAAACCUUUGAAAGAGUUAUAUGUUCUACCAGAGGGUAUGCGGGUUUGUCAUCUUAUCUGGCGAGUAUUUGUGGCGAACGCAACUACUUAGCUAGCUAGAUUAAUUGCUCUUCAGUUGUUCCUCCUGGAUUGUGAUUGGAGAAAACAGGGAUAACAAUGCCUCAGUCGGCGGCUACCUCGAUCAGUGGGAUCCAGAAGAUGGUUCUGUAUGAAACCAGAGCCAGGUAUUUUUUGGUAGGGACCAAUCAGGCCCAGACCAAACACAGAGUCCUGAAGAUUGACCGCACAGAACCCAAGGACCUGGUCCUAAUUGAUGAUAAGCAUGUGUACAGCCAGCAAGAGGUUCGAGAGUUGCUUGGCCGUCUGGACCUGGGCAACCGCACCAAGAUCGGCCAAAAGGGGUCCUCGGGCCUGUCCAGAGCUGUCUCAGCCUUUGGGAUUGUGGGGUUUGUACAUUUCCUCGAGGGCUACUACAUAGUGUUGAUCACCAAGCGCAGAAAGAUGGCAGACAUUGGCGGCCACUCCAUCUACAAAAUUGAAGACACCAGCAUGAUCUACAUCCCCAAUGACUCGGUCAGGGUUUCACACCCUGAUGAAGCAAGAUAUGUGCGGAUCUUUCAGAACGUAGAUUUAUCCAGCAACUUCUACUUCAGCUACAGCUAUGACCUGAGCCAUUCGCUGCAGUACAACCUGACUCUGCUGCAGAGGCCUUAUGAACUGUGGACGUCACCAACUCUCCCCGCUGAGGGAGAGGUUCAGACCCAGAGCAAGAAUGACGGCUUUGACAUAUUUGAAGAUGAGGGUCUGCCUACUCAAGUGGUUUAUGGCCUCCAGAACGAGCCGUACUACAAGUACGUGUGGAACGGAAAGCUACUGGAACGAGUCAAGGACAUCGUGCAUCAUGACUGGCUCAUGUAUAUUAUCCACGGCUUUUGUGGCCAGUCCAAGCUUCUGAUAUAUGGCCGACCGGUUCACAUCACCCUCAUUGCCAGGCGUUCCAGUAAAUUUGCCGGGACCCGCUUCCUCAAAAGAGGAGCCAACUGCGAGGGGGAUGUGGCAAACGAAGUUGAGACAGAGCAGAUCGUCAAUGACGCGGCGGUUAUGUCUUUCACCGCAGGAAGUUACUCCUCCUAUGUCCAGGUGCGAGGUUCAGUCCCGCUCUACUGGUCACAGGACAUUUCCACCAUGAUGCCAAAACCCCCAAUACGAUUGGACCAAGCCGACCCAUACGCCCAUGUAGCUGCCCUCCAUUUUGACCAGAUGCUGCAGCGGUUUGGCUCUCCUAUCAUCAUCCUCAACCUGGUUAAGAAACGGGAAAAAAGGAGACAUGAGAGGAUCCUGAGUGAAGAGCUGUACCCAGCUGUGAUCAACCUAAAUCAGUUUCUCCCUCCAGAAAACUGCAUCGACUACAUCGCCUGGGACAUGGCCCGCUACACCAAGAGUAAGUUGUGCAAUGUUCUGGACCGUCUGAGUAUGAUAGCCGAGAACGUGGUGAAGCGAACAGGUUUCUACAUCAACCGCUCCGACUUCUACUGUCACACCGUCAGACCCGAUGACAGGUGGGGAGAUUUAGGUGGACAUAUCACAGCCAGUGGACGGGUGCAGACCGGCGUGUUGAGGACCAACUGUGUGGACUGUCUGGAUCGGACCAACACCGCUCAGUUCAUGGUGGGGAAGUGUGCGCUGGCCUAUCAGCUUUUUGCACUGGGAAUGAUCGACAAACCCAGACUCCAGUUUGAUACGGACUGUGUGAGGUUGUUUGAGGAGCUGUAUGAGGACCAUGGAGACACGUUGUCACUGCAGUACGGCGGCUCCCAGCUGGUCCACAGAGUCAAGACCUACCGCAAGAUCGCUCCCUGGACACAACAUUCCAAAGACAUCAUGCAGACCCUGUCGCGUUACUACAGCAACGCUUUCUCAGAUGCUGACAGACAGGAUGCCAUCAACCUGUUUCUCCAAGUCUACCAGCCAUCAGAGUCCAAGCCUCACCUGUGGGAGCUGCCCACCGACUUCUACCUGCAUCAUAAGAACACCAUGGCCCUCCCCCAAGACAGACGCAGCUACACACUGUGGUGGACUGCAGGGAUCUUGUCCUACCUUCCUGUGCCCUAUGAUGAAGUCCCCUGUGAGGACAACAUGAAGAAGGUCAAAGUGAAGAGAGUGAACCGCUUUGAGGAGAGCAUAGACAUCUACACAGAGUUCUUCAGACCCUAUGAACUGACCUCCUUUGACGACACAUUCUGCAUCGCCAUGACCAACUCUGCAAGGGAAUUUAUGCCCAAGACCGUUGGAGUUGAUCCAAGCCCCUUCACAGUUCGCAAGCCGGAGGAAACGGGAAAGUCAGUGCUGGGACGAGAGAUCUCUCUCCCCCGUCUG